AUGGAGGGACGCACCAUUAAAUCGUCAAGACCAUUGAUAGAUGCAGAAAAUGAAUUGGAUAUAAUUAAUAUGAGUUUUGUUUCGUUUCAGGAGUUUGAAGAAUGGAAAUCCAUUGAAGAGGCACACAUCAAUUACAAUUCGAGAGUAGAUUUGACGGGAAAUACACGUGUAAACCGACCGAAUAGCAGGUCAUCAACUGCAGAAUACAAUUCGAGAGUAGAUUUGUCAGUAAAUAAAUAUAAAACCCGACCAACAUGCGAGGAAGUCAGUGGCGGGGACUGCUGUGAAGACAACAUAAGGCUAAAAGAUGAGUUAGCUGAAAUUGAAAUAGUUAAAAACCAGUUGCUAUGUGAAAAACGAUUGAAAAAAAUUGCUGGAUAUACACUUUUAUUUAAUAUACGUAAAGCUAGCUUAAAUAUUAAAAGAGAGAAUAUAUUAAGUUAUUACCUAUAAGUUAUAUAAGUUAUAAAAUUAUUAUUUUUAUUGUUUAAGGUCACAGGAGUUUACUCUUCAACGAUUACAAGAU